UGUAUAGAGUUACAUACAGGCCCUAUGAGCUGUGCUGGGGUACAGAGCCCCUCAGGUGGUGCUGGGGGCUGCAUGGGCAGGAGAAAAGUAUGGGGUGCAGCACCGUAUGGCGUGCAGGAGAGCACACAGCACCAUAGAGCAUGCAGCAUCGCAUGGCAUACAGCACUGCACCACACAACAUGCAGCACGUGGUGGGAUGGGGAAUGGGGUGGAGAAAAUAGGGGUGGAGAAAGGUGGGAGAUGGAGAAAAGAGGACGGGAAGGUAUGGGACGGGGAAAGGUAUGGGGAAGGAGAAAAGGAGAUAUGGAGAAAAUAGAGAUGCAGAAAAAGGGAUGGGAAAAAGAAGAUGGAGAAAGUGGUGAAAAUAGGGAUGCGGAAAAUGGGGAUUGGGAAAAUGGGGCAGGGACACGCAGCAGCUCAGCAGUGAGCCCACGUGCGCAGCAUCCCCGUGCUCCGCCCCGUGCCCUUUCCUAUCGGGCCCCCAUCUCGCAGGGGGAUGGGCCCGGCUGUGCUCAGUGCACGCUGCGGUUUGGCACCCGGUUCAGCUCAGCGCCAGCACCCCGUUCGUCUCCGUGCACAGGGCGUAACGUCCCCGGCAUUCUGCUGAGCGCCGUGUUUUCGGUUUUCAGCUCUUCGCCUGCUUCGAUCGAGGGCAGAUCUGGAGGAGGUGGGCGCACGGUUUCCUUCCUUCUUUCUCUCCUGUGCUGCAGCGUGAGUGGGCAGAGCCCCGGCUUUGGCACCAGUGUGACACGACCCUGCCUGGUCCCAUUGGGGCAGCGCCUGGUGGCUGCACCCAUGCAGGUGUUUUGGAGCAUCAGUGCAGGACAAAUGAUACAGCGACAGGUUUGUAGGACGCUGCUCAUGGAGGUGUCACACAUGCCCAAAAGUGAUGGAGGUGGAAAGUGCCACAAUGGGGACGUGCAGCCAUCCCACAGUAACCUUGGGGUCACUGGGAGAUGGAGUGGAGCUGCUCAUGGCUCCCAGUGCUGGAAGGGCCCCGUUCUGCUCCAGCAUCUCUUCCGCUGGGUGACCCAGUCCCACAGUCCAUGCCUGGAGCUGCCUCAUGGCAACGGCCCCAACCCACAGCUAGAGCUCCCAUGGAACAUCAGAGGUAGCACCAGGCAUCCCACCAUACCCACCCAUCUGGGGCACCUCGGUGCCAACCUGCUGGCACCAGGUGGGACAGGACAAGGAUGAUUAAAGAAAAGUAACU